AUGUAUUUAUUUAUUUAUUUAUUCAUUUAUGAAUAUUUUUUUAGAUGUGAACAAAAGAUGAAUAUAUUCUCAAAUUAUAUUUUAUGUUGUUUAUUUUUGUAUCAUAUAUUAUCUGAAGUGUAUAGUUUCAAUAUUAAUAAGUUAUAUAUACAUAGAUGCAUGAAGUUUAUUAAUAAAAAAAAUUUUGUAACGACUAAUAAAAGAUAUGAUGAAUAUGCUACUAAUUCGUUGAAAUAUAAAAAAUUUUAUUUAAAUAGUAGCUUAAAAAAUAUUGCUACUACUAGAGGAGUAGUGCAAAUAGAUGAUGAAGAAGAAACAGAAGAUGAAUAUUAUGAAGAUGAUGAAGAAAGAGAAGACGAUGUGUGUGAUGAUAAUGAUGACAAUAUAGUAGAAUAUGAAGAAGAUGAAAAUGAAAAUAAAAAAAAUAUAAAAAUAUCAGGUCCUUUAAAAAAAAUUACAAUAAAGACAACAAAAGUUAAAAGAAAAAAGAAAAGAAAAAAAUCUGCUGAAGGGAUAAAAUGUAAAACAUGCAAGAAAUUAUUAAAACCAAGAGUAAAAUUUUGUGUAUACUGUGGUACUAAUGUUAGUGUGGAAAAAAUCAAGUUAAAAAAAUAUAUAGAAGAAAUAUAUUUGCCUAUAAGAAAAGAAGAAGUAAGUGAAAACACGUUUAGAGUAGAGAAAGGUUUUUGGAAGGAUAUAUUACCAAAAUUAGGAAAAUACGAGCUGCACGAAUUGGGUCCAAAUAACUGGGAGAGUUUUUUGAAAUAUUUGAAAUCAAAAAAUUGCUCUCCAAGAACCAUGGCCUUAUAUCAAUCAACAUAUCAGCAAUCAUUGAAAUAUGCUUUAUAUCGUGAUUAUCUAAAGAGUGUACAUAAUUUUAGAAAAAUAAAAAAAAGUACAAUUCCGAGAAGAAAAAUUACACCCCUAUCACCCAAGGAAAUUGAAUUACUCUUAAAAAAUAGCGGUGAUAUGCAUAGAGCAAUAUUUGCCUUAAGUAUUGGUAUUGGACUAAGACCCUCGGAAGUUCUACGUAUUCACUGGGAAGACAUUAAUUUUGAAAGGAAAGAAAUUUUUAUUAAAGGACAGAAAACCAAAUAUAGUAACACAUCUGUACCUAUGACAAACUUUGCAUUCAAUGAAUUGUUAAAAUGGUGGGAGAUAGAAAACAAGCCCAUGAAAGGAUUGUGCUUUUACUCUGAAACGAUAAAAAAUAAAUUCAAUUACACUCAAACAAAAACACCUUUAAAAACAUUUAAGACGGCACUAAAAGGAGCAGCCAAAAGGGCCGGAUUAGAAAUUAGUGAAGACGGAAAGAGUAGGAGAAUUUUUCCUUAUCUUUUA